AUGAACCACUGGAGUUCGGAACAAUGUGGUCAGCAGGUUUCCGAGAUGUUACGGAAUAAGGGAAUUAUUUGCAAAAACUUCUUCAACACCGGCAGCUGCCCGCGCAACACGAACUGUCCGUAUAUACACAUCAAAAACGGCGAGGCGCGGCCGACGCCGUGGAUCGCGUGUAUGUUCUUCAACAACGGCGUCUGCCUUCGGGAUCGCUGCGCCUACUUCCAUGGAAGUCAGUCGCAGCUCGAUCGGCUGCGCGCGAGCGGGGCGUCGAUGUAUCACCCGCAGGAUUACAUGCAGGUGGCGGAGCCGCCAAAGCAAUUCCUCGCCCCGGAUGGCAGCCUCGCGCAUCGCUCGCCGCCCCUUCAACCUCUCGCGUCGGUCCAGCCGACGAUGCCGACUUCGCAGGCGUCAUUGUCAUUAUCCUCCUCGACGAGCGGGGCGCGGCCGGUCGUUCUCUCCCCGAUGCUCGCCCUCGAGAAGCCACUGAGCACAUUAGAGGGAGGAGUCGCACGCUGGCCAAAGGGGGAGUGCGGUGGCGGAGGGGGAGGAGCAGGGGAUUACGGGGAGUUCCUGAUGCAUCCCCCUCCGGUUGGGCGCGCGACGAUUCCGUCGAUUCAUUAUCAUUGCCUCCCCGGCUUUUUCCCCCCGCUCGCGGCGCCCUGCACGGCGGCGGUGAUGCCGAUGGAGGCCUACCCCUUGCCGCCUAUACGGCCGAUUUUUCAACCCGUGAAUUCGUUUUUUUUGCCGUUUUAA